CUAUCCUCGAGUCCCUUGCUUCAAUGAGCGCCUCCUCAAAUUUGUCCAUCAUACUGCCUCAUCCUGCACCGUUUGAGGAGGGAGGACCUUUAAAGAGCUUCUUCACUGCCCACGGCGUGCUGCCAUAACAUCAUGGCCACUAGCUUGUCUAACAUAUUGCCAAUUCAACAUGAAUGGGCAGAUGCUACCUCAUCAAAUGAACGAUGACAAUUUUCAGAUCCACCGAGGACCCUUGGAUCCCAUCGAACCCCCGGAAGAGCCUGUACGAAGACGGACAAUUUCCAAGGGACGGCAGGCCGCUACACAAGGCACGUGCGGGAGCGUGUCUCCUUGGGAUAAGAGUCCACGGGUCAAGAUGACGGUGGAGUCCAGACUCGACAUGCAUGGCAUGGAUGGUGCCACCGACGAUAUAAAAAAGAAAGAGCCCUCUAUGGAUGCGCGUCCUUACGCUGCCGCCAACGGACAUAUCCCCAUGCCUGGCAUUGAAGGCGGACCGCAGAAGUCGCUCUCGAAUGCCGAUGCACGCGAGCAGAGGCCGUCAGGGAUUGUCUCCAGAAGGAUGUCGUCCAGCGCAAAGCCUGAUGUUUCCGAAGGUUUAGACUCACCGUCCAGACUCGGGAACGUGCUCAAAUUGUCGAGCGAGAAACUGCAGGACCUCACCGCAUCCCCAGAGUCGCUACCUCUUCGAGCUAUUGAUUCGAUGGUGCAAGAGCAUGCUAUUAGACCGGAUCGAUCUACCACAGCUGAGGAGUCGGGAAUUUCAGGGGACGAUAUUCUCAUGCCAGCCCUGCCUGUCAAUUCUCCCACUCCUUUUCCGACAGAGGAAGGCGAUUCGAGAAGACCACGGAAUCUCACGAUCGAAACUGGCAGCCGACAUAGACAAUCAUCUACCGGCCCCAGCCUGAGACCUGGGCUCGUCCAGCGAGCCAUCUCGACACCGAGCUCAAUCAGAAGUCCUUUGUCGCCACAGAAACCCGAGCGUGUGCGGCCAACUCUGGUGGUUCCUGAUGCUUCGUCGCGCUUUGAGAGCAGCGACGGUAGGAGGUAUUCCUCCUCUGGACGCCCAUUACCUUCUCCGAUGCCAAGUUCGAUUCCUCUACCACCUUUGUCAUUACCCACCUAUCUGCAGCUUGAGCUAUCUUCACAGCGACCAUCGCAGCUCUACAUUCAUCGAUCCGCUAGCAACGACUUUCCCUACGAAUCUUCCCGUGCAAAAAUUGAAAGACUCAUGAACUUCCUCUUACUUCCUCCGCACCUUGAGAGUGUCCUCUGGUUUGGGACCCUGGCAUGCCUCGAUUCCUGGCUGUACAUCUUCACGAUCCUGCCAUUACGGCUUUUGAAGUCGUUCUACAUUCUUGCAAGGUCCUGGGCUAUCAACUUCACAAGUGAAGUCCACUUUGUAUCUAAUUUCGUUUACAAUGGUGCCGGUAGGAUGUGGAGGAGGCGCCGAAGCAGUCUUCCGCCAAAUUCGACUCGAAAGGUCUCAGAAUCCAGCGCGUCGGAACACAGAACUACGCAGAGCAACAAUCGCAGACAGGGGCGCCGUCACCACCGGACAAAGUCGGUCCCUUCAACGUUGCUGCCGGACGACAAAGCGGACAUCUUGAGAGGCCUGUUGAUUCUGAGCACUUGCCUAAUUCUCCUCCGACUCGACGCCAGCAGGAUGUACCACUGGGUUCGGGGGCAGGCCGCGAUCAAACUCUACGUCAUCUACAACAUACUAGAAGUCUGCGACCGACUCUUCUCGGCAAUAGGGCAGGAUGUCCUCGAAUGCCUGUUCUCGCGAGAAGCCCUCGAGCGCAAGCCUGACGGUCACAGCAAAGUUUUGCGACCAUUUUGGCUAUUCGUGCUUGCCCUCAUCUACACCGUCAUUCAUUCCAUCGCGCUCUUCUAUCAGGUUAUCACCCUCAACGUUGCCGUCAAUUCAUACUCUAACGCACUAAUAACCCUCCUAAUGUCGAACCAAUUUGUGGAGAUCAAGGGGACCGUCUUCAAGAAAUUUGAAAAAGAAAACUUGUUCCAGCUGACUUGCGCCGAUGUAGUCGAACGAUUCCAGUUGUGGCACAUGCUUGUCAUUAUCGCUGCCCGCAAUAUCGUCGAGACUGGCGGCCUGAGUUCUGGUCUGAGUGUGUUCAUGAGCGCUUCUUCUCCCACAGCGUCAGCACCAUCCUCGAGCAACAGCAGCGUGCCCUUGACCACAGCACUUCCUCCCCGAUCAGCGAGUUCGAUCCUACCUAGCUCCUUCACUCUCUUGCCUGCGGUGGUGGACUCGAUCACAUCGUAUGCACCCGCCGUCAGUCAGGUACUUGGGCCUUUCCUUGUUGUUUUAGGAUCAGAGAUGCUGGUCGACUGGUUGAAACACGCCUACAUCAACAAAUUCAACAACACACGCCCCGCCAUCUACGAUCGAUUUCUUGACGUACUAGCCAAGGACUACUACACGAACGCUUUCGGCGACCAGAAUCUCACAAAGCGAUUGGGGCUGCCUGUCAUACCGUUGAGCUGUCUCUUCAUCCGAGCAAGCGUACAAACGUAUCAGAUGUUCAUGGCAGCUUGGGUACCUUCGAGUGCACCUAGCUCGUCAACCAGCCUGGCAAGCAUACAUGAAGAUUAUUCAGCAGCGCGCUCGGCCUUGCCUCUGACUACAAGCGCCGCGAUUUCAAGAACUGUUGACGACAUCAUCAGGUCUAUACCGACUUUCAUCACCAAAUCCAGCAUUGUCACUCACAUGACGACGGUCCUCAUGGCCCUUCUCCUCUUUUUAAUCUUGCUGGCGUGCAAACUCGUUCUUGGGAUGCUUCUACUGGCCUUCGCAAGGUCGCGAUAUCAUUCUAUGAAACUACGGGAGAAGAAUGCAAUACAUCAUGUGGAAGGUGGCCGUCGGGUUGGCGGCUGGGGAGUGGUAGAAGUGGACGAAGACAAAAGACGUUGGAUUUAUGAGGAUGACCCUGCUGGCCUGCGUGCCUUGCGAGAACGUGAGGAAAGGGAUCGGCAGAAGCAGCAGAAGGACAAGGACAAAGACAAAGAGCAUGGUGUUGAGGCCUUUGACAAAGUCAAGCGUUAUGAAAUGGUAGCUAAGCGGAUAUGGUAAUGAGCUCGUAGAAGCCGAACUUGGCCAGUCCGUGCCGGCUCCCGGCAAAGACAAGUUCUGAAGGUCUUGCGAAAGGAAAACGCCCGCACGGGUUCCUGCAUGCGUCGAUCUCCCAAGACUUUGAGUGCGCGAAUGAGAGGUCGGGCAGUGAAGCUAGGCGUGUUUGAGGAUCUUGCCAGGGGUCCGGCAUUGGGCCCUG